AAUCAUAUCUCGUAAGUUUAUCGAGUAUCAGUUGUUUGAAAAAUUGCUGUUUAGUUUUUUGCUAGCGUACAUUAGUGGGCCAGCUUUAUUUAGUCACAGGGAGAGUUCAAAUAUGAGUACCAGCUCAUUUUUAAAGAUGUUAGUAACGAAACUAAUUCUACAAAACAUUACAUUCAAAACGUGACCAAAUUCCAUAUUUAACAAAAACAUACUCCAUACACUCACGUGAUAUGAAUUUCGAUAAAACAAUAUUAAUAUGUUGUAAAUAAGAAUAGAAUAGAAAGCGAAUACAGGAAGAUAAUCAGAAACAGGUGUCAAACCAUCCUUUUAUAUUUGUCCCGACCGCGCUCGCCAACGGGUAGUCGUAAAAACUUACCACUUCAUCGAGUGGGUUUUAUGAAUCGGGUUCGAAUCGUACGCGCUCGGCCCCCCUCGUGCCGCCUCGGCCCUCUUGGGCGGGUGGAAAUUCAGUCUUCGAACGUAGCCGCCGCACGAGGCCGCGUCGCCCACCCUCGCCAAAUUCAGUUAACAUCGUUAAAUAAACAAUUAUUAUUGUUAAUGAAAAUUCUGGAGAGCGUGAUAAAAAUUGUUUUUAAACUAACAAAAAUAUUGUAGAGUUGUUUGAGUCCCUUGUGGAAAGUGCUGAAAGUUUUACAAGUGCAAUUGGAUUGUGAACAAAAUUGACUUAAGUACGUUGGGAAUUAUGCUAAAGCGGCCUACUAAAAGUAUGACAUUUAUUAAGAUAUCGCGAUCAACUCCUGGCCGAAGGAUACUGAGUAUUUGAGGGCGUUUGCGACCCAGGGGAUGACGCUGGGCGGUGAAGACGAACGGCGCGGGGCUGGGUGAGCUGGCGCAGGGCAUGUGGGUUCUGCUGCUGUUGGCGCUGGCGGCGGCCGCCACCGCCGACUGCCCGCGCCACUGCGAGUGCAAGUGGCGCAGCGGCAAGGAGUCCGCGCUGUGCGCCCGCGCCGGCCUCUCCUCCGUGCCGCCGCGCCUCGACCCUACCACGCAGCUGCUAGAUCUAGCCGAGAACCGCCUUCCCACGAUUCGGGACGACGCCUUCGCUGCUGCUGGCCUGCUUAACCUUCAGCGCCUUUAUCUCCCCUCUUGUAACGUACGCACCAUACGACAAUACGCUUUUCGAGCCCUCGUAAACCUUGUCGAACUGGAUUUGUCCCGAAACCGACUCGAAACAAUACCCUCACAUUCGUUUGAUUCAAUCCCGGAGCUUAGAGAACUGCGACUCGGUGGUAAUCCCAUUACGAAAGUUGGAGACGAAUCCUUUAUGGCAUUACCCCAUCUAGUACGACUUACACUCAGUGCUUGCAAAAUAGCCGAAAUAGAGCCACGCGGAUUUGCAGGACUUGAAUCUUCUUUGGAAUAUUUGGAGCUUAGUAAAAAUAGACUGCAGGUACUUCAUGUGGCGGUUCUAGCACCGCUGCGAUCUUUGAAAGGUUUAGAGCUGGCCAGUAAUCCUUGGGAAUGUACUUGUGCAUUGAGACCAAUGCGACAUUGGAUGAUAGAAAAAAAUGUUCCGGCGACUGUGGUACCAGACUGUGCUUUACCACCCCGGUUGAUGUCUCAGUCUUGGGAUAGAUUAGAUCUAGAAGACUUUGCAUGUCGCCCAGAAGUGAGUGCUACAUCGAGUCAAUUUACAGGCCUAGAAGGUGAUGAGGUGACGCUCGUAUGUCGAGUGAGCGGGGUUCCUGCCCCGAGGGUGCGUUGGGUGCGCGCAGGGCGCUUACUAGCCAACACUACGUCAAACAAUGUCAAUUCCGGAAGAGCUUUUAUGUUACGUAGUGCAGGACAAACUAGUAAUUUAACCAUAAAAUCAGCAGACUUACAAGACGCUGGUUCCUACACGUGUAAUGCUGAGAACCGUGCCGGUAAAGCGGAAGUGAUUUUAAGUUUAGCAAUAGAGAAAAAACCUGAAAACAAAAGUUUCGGUGGGCGUGCGCUGAUGGCAGGCAUGGCUGUGUCGGCAGUGAUAGUUUUAAGUUCGUGUUUAAUAGGACUGUGCGUAUACGAGACUCGUAAGAAAAGACAAUUAGAUAGAUGGAACGAACAGAUAGUGACGACAAAUCACCGUGAUGAUAGUUAUGAUAAAUUAGAAGCUAAUUUCAAGACAAACGCUGAAGUGCCACGAGUAAUUCCAUCUGACAGUGCUCGCAAAAGGGGUGAUUAUAGAAAUGUGCCAUUACAUGAUCCCGAAGACGAAUUCGAGGGGUUUUUGCGGGGAGAGGCGCGCGAAGGGGAGAACUCCGUGACGCCGCCGCUAGAGGCAGGCUGGCGUCGCGCUGACUUCGAGCCGCCGAACACGAGGGGCAAAAUACCCGAACGAGAUCUACACAUACCGCGGUUCAGCGACUACAACUUACGAUCGGAUGCCACGUCAGAGUCAGUACAAAGUUCCAAUUCCACGGGAAUGAUGAGUGCUCACGUAGAGAUAUUAUCAGAAAACAGUCGUUUUAACAACAAUGGGCGCUCGUGUCCACGUACGCGGCCCCGCGAGCGGCUCGACAACGACCUGUCUGGCAGUGACAGCGAGAAGAAUUACCCCGAUCUCAUCGAAAUGAGUGCUCUAGGAACCUCCUCUUAUCUAAGAAGCGAGAUAAAACAUGAUCCCUACUACUUCUACACGAUACCACGGAAAAAAGACGGCGAUAGUCGUAGUCCUCUACUCAAUAGCAGGAGAAACAGUUCAGGGGCUGAUUCUGCCAGUUUUCUUGACAGAACUUACGAUAAGAAUCGACAAAGGUCUGGGCGUAGGUCAAAUAGUUUUUUAGAUCUAUCAACUGGUGGGAACAGAAUACGUCGGAACCCGAGUCUCCCAGCAUCGCCUUCGAGGGAACAGCCGACCGUGCCAUCCGCGACACCACUCCUCGAUCUGUCCGGGUUGCGGGAUUACUCACGCACCGGACAGCCUAUAGAGGAUUAUGACUUCCGAGCGUCGCAGCUCGAAAAGUUCCUCGAGGAAUACAGGAGUUUGAGAGAACAACUGUCGAGGAUGAAGGAAACUAGAGAGAACCUGCAACGGAAUCGUGCUUCAGAAAGUGAUGAGAUGCGGUCCAUUCUCAAACCGAAGCCGAGCAUUGCCGUCACGGAGACGUCGUCCUCCGUGGCGCUCGCUGACGCCGCCUCUCCCCUGGCUCUAAGCCCCUCGGAGUAUAAACCCUCACAACCGAGACCCGAAUGGUUAACAACCUUACUAUAUCGUAAUUAAGUAGAUGUUUUGUAAAUAUAUCGUAGAACGUCUGAUUCAUUAGACGAUUAUGUGAUUGGACAUUUAUAUAUAGAAGUACUCUACUAGAUACGGGAUGAAAUGUAAAUAAAUCAACCCAACAGUGAAACGUUACAGACGUAAGAAUUUGUAAAUAAAUACGUUCAUAUUUGAACUGAUGUUGAAUAUAAGUUAUUUAAAUAAUUGUUUGUAAGAAAUUGAAAACGUGA